AUGGAAUCUCCAGAGCAACAUCGAGCACGAUUGGACAGACUUAAAGCUCAGCGUAGCCUGGAAUCUCCAGACCAAUGCGCGAGCCGUUUGAGUAAGCUUCAAACAAAGCGGCAGCUGGAGUUACCUGAAGAUCGCGGCGUUCGAUUGAAUGCAUUGAAAGCUCAGUACUCAGUUCAAACUGCGGAGGCGCGAUCAAGUCGUUUGGGGUACCUUAAGGCGCAACGAAAGGCUUUGUAUAUAUCUGAAAGCGUCGAAGAACGGAAGAGCCGACUUGAACGCCGGCGACAAGGGCUUCAUCGCGUUCAAGAAGCCAAUAGCAACGAUGUAACUGCCUCGGAAGCGCAAUGUGCUGCACUGGACGACGCUACCUUGCUGCAUGAAUGCUCCAAGGACAUGAAGUCCAAAAUCCUGGGUGAAUUGGGAUUUGCCCUUGGCCCCUCUGGAAUGGAUCAAUGUUUGUGCUGUGUGUGCGAUCGUUUGGCAUUUACAACUGAUGUCCAUGUGUACUCAACCGAAGAUAAGGAUAUCCUGCAAUCCAUGGCAGCCCUCUUGCGAAAUCCUGACGCCAUGUUGUGCGGUGAGUUGGUCGCGUUUUACGAUUGCAAGGACAUCGAUCCUGCCUUUGUUGGUUUGAUGUUCUCGCGCAAAGGCAUCACGCAUGCUGGCAACGUCAACAACAUCGAAAAUCCGAAGGAUGUCGACUUCAACGUUUGCUUGGAGUGUGAAACCGUCCUCCUUCAGCCUUGGCUAAGUGAACUGCCACGUCAUUACGUGUUUCCGGGCGAGCCAGUGGAAAUCGAGCGUGACAUCGACCAUGAAUUUGAUGACAACGACGAACAUGCAAUUUCAUAUGCUGAUCAAGGGGCCUGCCUGUAUGACGAUCCCAUCGAAGACAAUCAUGGAAGUUCCAUAGAUGCGUUGGCAGAAAUGGAAUUUCCUGAUUUCUCGGAGAUUCCUGUUGAAUCAUGGCCCUUGCCCCCCAAGCACGCCAUUGCCAACCACUUCUUCGUUGGUGAACUGCCCGACGAACUCUUCAAGGCCACAUGGGCUGAGAUGUUAAUGUGUUCCCUGGUGAGUGUUGUGGCUCAGACACGCAUCAUCCGUGGAGGCGAGCACCGAAUGAUCCGUUCUCACUUGAUCCUGUUCGACGCGGUCCCUGGUCCUCCUGCUACGUUGUUGCCCUUGAAGCUGAACCGAGACGCAAUGUACCGUGUUGUGCUUGCUGGGCCCUUUACGAAAGACCAGCUCGUCAAAGUGAAGGAGUAUCACUUGGUUCGGCAAGCCAUGAUCAUGGAUGUCUUGCAGUUCUACAAGUCCUACAAUGGGUUUUAUGCCGACGUGUCCAUCGACGGGGAUCUCAUUGCAUCCUUGCCAGCGGAAGAUGUACUUGACGGCAUCAUUGAUGAGGCGUUGGGCGUGGACGAGAAGGCAAGCGCUGUGGAUAACGAACAAGCAGCUGUGAACGGCUUUUCUGGGGACCCCGACGAAGGUUCAAGCGAGCAUGAGUGUGCUUACGUCGAACGCAGUGUCCUGUUCACUCAAACAGCAUCAGACAUGGCGCCUGUGAACGAGAAGGCAGUGUUGGAAUCAAUCAAGAGCAAGAUCCACCUAAGAACGCCGCGCGCAGAUCCAGCAGUCCCUGACUUCAAUGUCCACACGUCGAACAAAGAAACUACUCCAAACGUGGACGGAACAAUUACUUUGGCGUAUUUGGCAGGAGGCAUCCAAGUCAAGUCGCGUUUUGAUGUGCAGUACCUCAAGCACAUACCUGACAAAGCAACCAUGCAACAACUGGCGAUGAACGACAACAUGGCGUCCGAUACUCUUUUCGAUCGAAGCAUCGAGGCGUUCAUCAAAGUCGUUGUCGGUUUCGACAAGUCUACCGGUCGACCAAGAAUGACUGGUGGGCUAUUCGGCCAUGUCAAGGCGUACUUUGGAAUGGUUGAGACCCAAGGUCGAGGGACGCUUCACUUGCACCUUCUUGUUUGGGUACAUGGUGCUCCACGUUCCACGUCCGAGUACGAGGCCCGAUUUCAGGCAGACCUCAACUAUGAAGCGAUGGUGCUGACGUACUCAGAGGGCAUUGUGUCCAAUUCACUGCCCAUUGACCUCCUCCAGACCCCCUGCAAGAGUGUGAGCAUGCGGAUCCCAAAAGGCGUCCUUCCGAAAGAGCCCAUUAUGGCCAAAUGUGGACAUUGCAACACGAUGGUCAGCUCCCAGCAUUUAGUUCGGCAAGCCCUCCUGCAUUCGAGGCCUAAAGUGUGGCAUGUGGAGUUGCCCAAGCUUUCUCAGCCUGCAAUCGACAAGUACUUGGACGAGGAAGCAUCGUUCUUGAAGUCUACGGCUGGAAAGAAGUAUGAUCCCGAGCGAACACAUGACCACAUGCGUGCGAGCUUCCAGACAUACCUGGCAGGCACUGUCCACAUGGAAUCCAACGUCGACUAUCAAGAGUUUCUGCCUGGUGCGCGAGCAAGUCUCGAAUAA